GGGGCCUGGGGCUGGAUCUGUGAGCCGGGAGCCGGGAUCCGGGAGUGGGGAACCGGGGAUUCGGGGAGCCGGGAACCAGGGCUGGCGGCGGCCGCCAUGAGCACGGUGGACCUUGCCCGCGUGGACGCGUGCAUCCUGAAGCAUGCGGUGACCGGGGAGGCCGUGGAGUUGCGGAGCCUGUGGCGGGAGUGCGCGUGCGUGGUGGCAGGGCUGCGGCGCUUCGGGUGCGUGGUGUGCCGCUGGAUCGCCCAGGACCUCAGCAGCCUCGCUGGGCUCCUGGACCAGCACGGCGUGCGCCUGGUGGGCGUGGGGCCCGAGGCUCUGGGUCUGCAGGAGUUCCUGGACGGCGACUACUUCGCGGGAGAACUCUACCUGGAUGAGAGCAAGCAGCUUUAUAAGGAGCUGGGCUUCAAGCGGCUCUGGACCCAGGCUUCUCCGGAGUCUGGCCAAGCGACCUGGUGUCUUCGCAGGUACAACAGCCUGAGCAUCCUCCCGGCAGCUCUGGGGAAGCCCGUGCGUGAUGUGGCUGCCAAGGCCAAGGCUGUUGGCAUCCAGGGGAACUUGUCUGGGGACCUGCUGCAGAACGGAGGGCUGCUGGUGGUCAGCAAAGGUGGUGAUAAAGUGCUGCUUCAUUUCGUCCAGAAGUCCCCAGGCGACUACGUCCCCAAGGAGCACAUCCUGCAGGUCCUGGACAUCUCUGCGGAGGUCUGUGCCAGCGACCCGCCUCAGUGUGACAGAGAGGUGUGAGGGAGGCGAAGGCCCUGGCCUCUGAGGAUCUGGGUGGCAUCUGCUGCCCUAGGUGUGCUGGAAGUCCGCUUGGAAGAACUGUUCUGGAAUCGCUGGGCCAGGAUGCCGAACCUCUCCUGAUCUGCCGGCAGCAACGAGCCAUUAAAACUGCAGUUCCUGACCAUGCACUGCUUCGUAGGCUCCGAGCCCUGCAUCCCCCACAGCCCCCGCCUCGCUCACUGUUGGGGCCCUCAGGGCGGGCAGGGUAGCUGUGAGUCCCCGGUGUCAUCUUCCUGCUCUGCGAGUCUCUCUGGAGACCUUGGGCCUUUGGCCUGUGGGGCACUGGGGAUGGUAACCUCACUGCCCUGUCACUCUCUUCAAGGGCGACAUAUCCCAGCCCACGUCAGGAGAGGAGCGUGGGGUCAGCUCCAGCAGGGUCAGGGUCAGUGCCCGUGUCUGGUGGGAGCCACUCAGGAGAGUUGGGUUUUCAGGGCAGAGAUGGGCUUGAUUCCACCUGGUGGGGUGGGUGGACCCUGGAGACUCUCAGGUGAUGGGCCAGCCUGCCCCAAGGCCCUUUACUGAUGUCAGAAUCAUUGUUUGCACCUGCUGGGUAUGACCUGUGGGGCGGCCGGCCCAGGAGGGUCUUAGUCUAAUUAGGUGCGUCCAGCUUCUUGGCCACCUUUCCCUGGGGACCCUAACAGGCCCAGAGCAGAGCCCCUUACCUCCCAGGUCAGACUACCUGCUCAGGCCCUCCCCUCCCAUGCAGGCGGAUGACAACUGCAGCCCUCCCUGCACUCCCUAGUCCAGACCUGGGGACCACUGUGGGCUCCUGCGGGUCUCCCGGCUCCCUUCCCGCCCCCAAUCCCACCCUUGAAGUGGCCAUUUAAAAAUGCAUAGCAGGUGACCCACUGCGUCCCUUUGCGUUCAGCCCCUCCUCUGGCUUUCAGUUACACAAAGCUAAAAUUUAGGUUCCCAGCUGCAGCUCUCUAGGCCCCCGGUGCCCCAGUGGGGCUCCCCGCAUCUGAACGUGUGGUUCCUGGGGGCAGGCACUUGGGGGCAUCCUGGUCACUGCUGGCCCUAGCAUUGGACCCUAGGAGACUUGAAUGGAACUGGCUCCCUCCCCAUCAGCUCCCAGCUGUCACUCUCUCCCACCCCUGGGCAGCUGUUUAGCCCAAGGCCACUGCUACCUGUUUGCCCACCCUGGUCCCUCCCAGACAAGCAAGGCCUCUGAUUUCUUUGAAGCAUUUACUUAGCUCAAGUCUGAAGCUGUAGAUGUUGGAAGAUAAUGCACCUUGGAGGGUGGGCAGGACACAGUUGAUUGUCUCUAUAGGGCUGUGACGGGGGCGCUGAGCCCCGUGGGUGUCUGUGGAGGGGGCUCUGGGCCAGGUACUGCAGUGGACACUGCUCAUCCCUGGGUGUCAGGCAGGUGGCUGCACCCAAGCCAGGCGCGGAGGCCUGGCAGGCAGGCUUGGCAUGGUUGGCCGGGGCGGGACGUACACUGGGUCGCCACUGGCUGCACCUUUGCACAGAUGCCUCCGAGCAGCGGGUGGGCGUGGGUUGCACAGCGAGGCAGGGCCUUGGCUACCACACGCGGCAUCGCUCCUUGGGGUGCAUGGGGGUGCCCCGGGCACAGUGGAACGUGUCUGCGAAGGCGGCCAGGUUCUGCAGCGACCCCAGUACCCUGAGGGUGGGUGGGUGUGACAGCAGGAGCAUUGCCAUCUUGGACAAACACGGCCAUUUUAAGUUCCCCGUGAUUAAAAACCAGCCCAAAACAUCAGCCUAAUGGCUCAUGUCAGUAUGAGCAGAAACAUUUCAACCGUGAGAUAAACCCCCAUCUGACCAGAAGCAUGCCAAUCCCGAGAAUAACCUCCCUUCCAGCCAGAGAUAUUCCAACUCUGCAAUAAAACUCUCCUUCACACAGAAACAUUCGCAGCCUGCGGUAGGCUCCCCCUUCCUAAACCCUUAAAUGCCCUUAGUCUGUAAGAGAAUGUUCCUGACCGAAAUCGGCCAGAAGCCCCUCUCAGGUUUAUUCCCAAAAUAAACCUGUCUGUUGAGCCA